AUGGGAUUUAUUAUCUCAAAAAUGCUUGUAAGACUGGAACUGGAAACAAUGAAGGAAGCUUUGGACAAAUAUGAUCUCUCAUAUGUGAUAGAAGAAAGUAGAAUUAACUUGGAUUUACUGAAGAACACCACCCUUGACAUCGCCAUCACAGGGGCGUCGGGGACUGGAAAAUCAUCAUUUGUCAAUGCCCUGCGUGGAAUGACAGAUUAUGAAGAAGGUGCAGCUGAGACUGGAGUAACGCAAACAACAACAAAGGCAAAGGGAUAUCCACAACCCAAGUUCCCCAAAGUGACAAUAUGGGAUCUUCCAGGAAUUGGGACAACUCAGUUUAAAGCAAAGGAAUAUCUGCAGGCAGUACAAUUCGAGAAUUAUGAUUUCUUCAUUAUCCUUGCCUCACAACGCUUCACAGAGAAUGACGUUCUGCUGGCCCAAGAAAUUCAGAAAAUGAAGAAGAAGUUUUACUAUGUUCGUACCAAAGUGGAUAACGAUAUUGAUUCUGAAAAAAGGAAGCCAGCCUUCGAUGAGAAAGAAACCCUUGAGAAGAUAAGGAAAGAUUGCUGUGAUAAUUUGGCAGUGGCAGGAGAACCUAAUCCAAGGGUUUUCCUAAUCUCCAGGUGGGAUUUGAAGAUGUAUGAUUUCCCACUUUUGCAAGAUACUUUAGAAAAUGACCUGGAUGACCUCAAGAGAUAUGCUUUGAUUACAACAAUGCCAAAUAUCUCAAGAAAAAUCCUAGAGAAGAAGAAGGCUGCUAUGGAGGGUCUUAUAUGGAAACUAUCGCUUGUGUCCUGUGCUGUUGGGGCAAUUCCAGUCCCCGGCCUCUCUCUUGUUUGUCAUAUUGGCAUCUUAGCAGGAAGAAUAAGCGAUUUCUGCAAAGUCUUUGGCUUGGAUGAAGAAUCCCUCAGACAACUUGCAGACCGCAUUGGGAAACCCGUCCCUGUGUUAAGAUCAGCUAUCAAAAAGGCCCGAGUGGCCAAUGAGAUCACCCAUGAAUUUGUAAUUAGUCUUUUAAAGAAGUCAUAUUUUUGUGCAACAGUGACAGCAGCAGAACUUGUUCUUGAUUUCAUACCUGUGUUGGGCUCUAUAGUUGGUGGAGCUGGUUCAUUUAUAGUUACAUUCUACAUGCUGAAGUGGUUUCUCAAUGAUGUUGUGGAAGAUGCUGAGAGUGUUCUGGCCAAAGUUCUUGAGAACUGAGAGUCCCAAUACAAGAAAAGUGCCAAGACCCUAGAGACUAGACUCACCCAGCAUACGGAUUGCACGGACAAGACAAAGAACCAACAUUCAAGAACUGUUUCUAAGCUUUCAACCCAUGUUGGACUUCCUAGUUUCUCCUUGUGUGACCACAUUCUGCUUAGUGAAAUACUCUUUGAA